AUGUCUGACAGUGAUGAGGAGCUCAACGAUUUCUUCGAAGACCGUGAAGGCGAAUUGAAUGAACAGAGUCAAGAAACCGAAGAGAUUUUCCCGUUAUUACCGCAAAUUGCUUCGAAUAUUUAUGGCGAUGAAGAUGAUGAAGAAGAGCAGGAGGAAGACUAUGACUCUGAAGAGGAGGUGGUUUUUGCCGAUUUUGAUGGGAUAAGUAUAAUUCCCGACAAGGUUCAAGAGGAUGUUGUUGAACUUGAUAUUGAACUAGACGGGAUUGAACAAUACGAGGAGGAGGAUUGUCGAAUACAUCAAAUUAACCAUUCACCGGACACUGAACACGUUGUUUUUCGAUAUGGAAACGAAGACUUUUUCAAACGGCUUGUUACGGAGAGGUCGACGGUCUCGGGGAUUCAGCUGGAUAUCCCGAAAUCAGUGGCGUUUCUCUGCGCGAAACGGCGUGAACCCGUCUUCUUUUCUGGGCCGACGGGAUGUGGAAAAAGCUUCUUGGCAAUGUGAGUUGAUUUUUGACGUUGAUAGUUUUGUUUUUAGGUGGAAAAUGCGGGUGAGAUAAUUCUAGGCCCAGAAAUUUCGAUCGGCUUACAAUUUUGUUUGUUACCGAUACGUGGUUGAUCAUAGCUGGCUGAUCAUUAUCUUAUUUUAAUUCUGAUGAAUCACGGAUUGAUUUGAGGAUAGACUUUCUGUUCAGCGUUUUCAAAAUCGAAGAGAAAUUUAUCAAUUUCUGAGGUCAAGGUACCUAAAAUAAGGUGCUACCCAUAACUUUUUAUAUUUUGAUCCCAAAAUAAAACUGAGAUUUCAGGUUAAUAGGACGUACUUUUGCGGCCGUCCGGCAGCAUGUUAUCUUCAUAUCAUCUUCCCAUAACCGAACCUUAUCCUCUUUGUUUCUCUUUCAAUCCCUCCACAAAUUCAAUGAUUCCGCAAUUCAAACUACACUUCUGGAGCGAAAAGGCGAAGAUUCUUAUAUAAGGUUUGUUAGUCUGGAGCAAUUCCUUUCUGACUUUCGAAUGGACCCGUCUUUCUUUGAGCAGAUCGGGUUGUUUAUUUUGGAUGACUUUGAUGGGAUGGUCGAUCCAAAUUUUGGUGGAUAUUGGCGUGAUGUUAUGGGUAAACUGCUCGAAAAUGACAUCAGGAGGACCGCUGGGUUCUUGUUUUUGACUCGAGCUUAUCAAAACGUAAAGGAUUUUGGAGGUGAGUGUUAAAUUUUAAGAUUUUAUAUUAUUUUAGGUAAUAAACUUUAAACUUUGGAAAAUUUUAUUUUUUUCAGAGUAUUUUGCCAAGAAUUCGAGCCGAAACUGUCAUGUAAUCACGGCCAAAUCUCGCCCGUUUGAUGUGAAAAAUAUUAUCUGCUCAAACGAACGAUUUUUUUCGGUCUCAGAGAAUUUGGGACCUGACGAUAAACGAAUUUCCCAAAGUGAAUAUAUACAUUUUGCGGAGGAUAUAAAAUCCAGAGUAUGGCACAAAGAUCCAUCAAUAAGGAAGCUGAACAACUUGGAGUAUUCGGUGGCGACUUUGACGGCGGACGGCAGAGCUCCGGUGAUUAUUUUGGCAGAGAACGACCACCAAGCCGAAUUUUUCUUCACUCAACUGGCUUCCAGAAUCGAUUUGUUGUCUUGUAAGUUUGGAUAAGACCCUGAAUGAUUUUUUUUCUUUGCAGUACUGAAGAAGGAACGACUAAAAACCGCCUUCAAAAUGUUCGUCGGGCAACAAUCUCAUCGAACUGAAGAAGUGGCCCUCAUCAACAAUUUAUUCCCUCUGAUUGUGAAUGGAUUUGGCCUCAUACACUCCUCAUUGCACAAUGGACUUGUUGAGGUCACCCAAACUUGCUUUAGACGAGGUCUUCUGGGUUGUUUAAUCAUGACUCGACAAUCCGCUGAUAGGGGUAUAAAUAAGGCAAGAUCGGUAAUUAUCCCCUCGGUUCAUGUCAAGAAUGGACGCGACAUUAGGUAAGGAGUCUUUUUAGAGAAUUUAAUACCGGUUUGUUUCAUUUUAACAAGGAAAGUACUUUUAUGGGGGCUCCUACUUUUUGACGGGACAUAUCUCAAAAAAUCAGAAAAAAUGUGCUGAUCAAGGAUAUAUAAAUCUUAGCUGCCCAUUUUGGGUUUUUAGGGGUGAAAAUGCCCAAAAAUUGGCUUAAUUUCCCUACAAAAGCCGCAGGCAUUCGAAACGAUAAAAAGCGCAGUCGGUCUCCUCCUUCGAGCGGUGUGGCCGAGUUGUUAGUGCCGUAGUCUGGGAAUCAUGAGGGGGAACGCCGCACGGGUUCGAUUUCCCUUUGGGCUGAAUCAACUUUUUUUGAAGUUGAAGGUCAAAAAAAUAAAUUUUUGGGCCAAGACUGAUUUAUUACGUCUUAGAAACACAUUAAACAUAAUUUUAAGGCAAAAUAAAAAUUGUAAACCUGUGAAAAAUUAAGCGAAAAGGGGUUUAUAUAGGACUUUAAGUCAACUUCCGAUUGAGUUUUCACCCCUAAAAACCUAAAAUGGGCAGCUAAGAUUUAUAUAUCCAUGAUCAGCAUAUUUUUUCUGAUUUUUUGAGAUAUGUCCCGUCAAAAAGUAGGAGCCCCCAUAAAAGUACAUUCCUUGUAAGAUCAUUUUUUAUAUGAUUUCGACAAGAAAUCAUAUUGUAGUAGACGAAAGUGAUGAUUUUUAAAUUAUUUUAGGUUGUUAACCCCGGUGGAAGUGGAGAAUAUGACGCAUCUGAAGGGAUUUCGCUCCGAUGCUUAUCGGGUAUUUAUCAUGGACUCGGCUUUACCUCAAGAUACCUUCGAAUAUUUGAUUACUCCCCAAAUUGAAAAUCUAAAAAUCCCGGAAUUCAAAACGUUUGCGAGUAUUCUGGAUGAUUUUGCAAGCCAUGGUAAGCGUUGUAGAUUUUUUUAGCGGUUUCAGCUUUUUCAAAUUGGGGGAAAAUUUUGAACUUUACCUUAUUUUAGGCCCUCAGACCCUAAAAAGUUUCACAACUCGGGUAAUCGACCAAUCCUUUAUCAAGUUUGACACUUUCCGAUUGAAAUUGGAGACUCAAAAAGAUUUGAAGAAACUGGAGGCUAGAUUUCAGCGCAUUGGAGAUGUCAAAUUUGAAGAUGAAAUCAAAAAUUACAAGGAAAUGCUGAAGGAAUUGGAUGAUUUGGAUCGAAAACAAAAAGACUUGGUGUUAAAAGAGGUCGUCAAUUAUUUGGGCCUUGGCAGGCUGAUCAGAGUGAGUUAAAAAUGGAAUAGCCUGCGUAUUUCCUUGUCUUUUGGGAGUUUUCUGAUCUUUUCGAUUAAAAAGUGGAUUUUUUUAGAGUUUUUUAGAAUUUAAUGGUGUUUAGUAGAACUUAAAGAUGCUUUGUAGACUUUUGUGGAAUGGAAACAGCCUAAUAAUAGCACUUUUUUCAGAUCAAAACGAGCCGUGUUGACCUAGGCUGGGCUGUGGUGAUAGGCCUUUUGAGGAGGUAUAAACAGGAUCCAGUGAUCCACGCGGGCUUCUUUAUCUCCGAACCGGAUGCGCAGAAGAAUUUGCCCUUUGAAAAAUUGGAAACGCCCGCGGAAACGGAGGAAAACGUAUUUGUUAUAAGGACUAUCCCGAAAGAUGCUAUUUUUGAUGUUUCGACGCUGCGAUUGAAGCUCCCAAUCACGUUGAUGAAGCCGUCGGAUCUCAGUACUCUCGGCGCUAUGCUUAAAGUAAGUGGUUACAGGGUUUUUGUUGGUUUUAGGGGAAAAGUAGAGAUUUUUCGAGUUUUUUUCAUGGAUAACAUAGAAUAUGCAAUUUUCUUUGCGGAUGGUGUCUUUUUUGGGUAUGAUAGGGCUUGUUGUGACAUCUGGGAGCAAAGACUUUUGUCCUUGCUACAGAAUGCCAAAAAUUGCGGAGUUUUUCUGAUCUGAAAUUUGAUCCUAAAAUGGGGUGAUAAAUACUUGCAGUUGGAAUGUUUUAGAAGCUAAUUGAUUGGGACCGUGGAAGCAUACCCCUACUUCGAUUACAAACCGAAGAAUUCAAAGAAAUUGAAGAAAAACGGCGGGGUUUGGUGGAAAGAAUCGAAAAAGUUGAGGAAAAGCAGUCUCUCAUGGAUUCCAUCGGUGCCUACGAUGCCAAAAAGGACGCAGAAAAUGAGAGGGAGUUCCUAAACAGGAGAGUUGAAAUGUUGGCGUCCGGCGUUAGUGCGGAAAAUUUGGAAAAACGAGUGGAAAUCCUGAAAAAAUUGGGAUUUUUACAAGAAAAUGGAGAAAACUUGAUAGAGAUGACGGAGAAGGCAGAGAACGCGAAAGGAAUAUUAUUGGGGGAUGAGAUCUUGCUUCUGGAGUUGAUUGAUGGCAUGGAAAAGUAUCAAAAAGUAUUUGGAGCAGCACUUUUGGAAGUUUUUGGGGGAUUUCCGAGGACUAAAAAGGUCAAAGAAAACGAGAUGCAAGUUGAUGAUGAGGAGGAGCAAUUGCAUUGUGAAUGUGUGGAAAGGAUCAAGGUAGGUCUCAAAAGGGUUUUCGUUUUUGGCAGCUCGCGCCCGAGUUUAUUUUGAAGUUCAAAUUUCAGACCAAAGUAGCCGAACUGGAACCCAUUUUUUCCCCAGAAGACCCAACGAAAUUGACGAAGAAUUAUCUCAUGUGGGAUGUAAAAUACGGCUCUCAUCUAAACACUGGUGAAUAUAUUAACAGCGGAGCCAAAAAUAUAAUCAUGGCCAGAAUUAACGGGUUUUUGAAGGCCAUAGAGGACGAAUUUGAAUUUGAUCUCCUCCCAGACCAAGCGGAAUUACCCGUUUAUCUAAUGUAG